AUGGAGAGGUUUUUUUAGGUUAUGGAUGCCUUGAUGGAUAAUAUUAAGCUACAUCUGGCAUUAAACCAAUUUUUCCUUAUCAAUUUUAUUAAUUUGGAGAUUCUUACGGUUGCCCGGAUACAAAAGUUGAAGAUAGCUAUUUUAAUACUUUUCAGUAAAGUAGAAAUUUACAUUAUGAUGCUUAUAAAAAUAAGAGAAGUUUUUCAUACGACAGCUGUUUAGAAUAUUGGACCUUCAGUAAAAUUAAACUUCCAAGCUGGAUGUGUUUACCUGAAAAUUUUCCAUAUCAUAGUUUGA